UUUCUCACCGUUGAUCUUGAAAGAUGUUCAAAUUACUUACGUUUUUAAGCUUUGUCGUUGCAGCAUUCGGUCAAGAAAGUGCUCAUAUAGCAAUUGUCGAAAAAUGUGAAAAAUCCAGCGGACUUACGCAAGAAACUAUCGAGGUUUUAUGGCAAUGGCAAAUUCCAGAAAACUUGGCAAAAUGCCAUACGGAUUGCAUCCUGAAAGGUUUCAAUUGGGUUUCUGGAUCAGAAAUUAAUUACAAUGUAAUCGACAGCGACUUUUUGUACAUCAAAGAAACAGUUGACUCGAAAGCUUUUGUUGAGAAAAAUUGCGGCAAAUUUUCAGAAGACGAAUGUACACGUUCUGAUGAGCUCUACAAAUGCUUCUUAGAUAAAUUCGAGCCUUUGCAGAAAUUCAAGGACGCUUUUGAUCAAAUUGAGAACACUUCAUAAAAUGAAAAAAAUUAGUAGACUUUGCUUUAUAUAACUUGACAUUUUCGUGAAAAAUAUAAUUUUUGUCUUGAAAA